UGCUCAGCCAUCCUGCAGAGCAAAUAUGAAGUACACAAAAGGAGAAAAUACAUACUUACAAGUGGGCAUUGUUUACGUAUACAGAUUAUAACUUUACAGAUUGGGAUUGUUUUUAAUGCAAUAGUAGACGUGAAACUGGGACCUCUGGUUCACACAGCUACGCGGUGGUGAUUUGAAAAGGCAAGCAAAGCAGAGCUGUCACUUUGCUUUAAUGUUUGUUUUUAACAUGGGAUGCAGACAUCUGCCAAUGAGCUGUUGUGCUGCAGAAAAACAUUUCAAACUACAUUUCAAGAUCGUCUUUAUAUUUCCAUUAAAGCAUAAAUAAGGGUUCGGUGCUUGAUUCCCUCUAAGGGUUUUUAGUAUAUGGAACAGUAAAGUUAUGAUUGAUUAUUUAUUGUAUUUUCUCAUCUGUCACAUUAUGAGGUGGGAUUUGAUCGAGAGUUAAUUAAUGAUCUAUAUAUUGCUUCUAAAUUAAUAUACAAUCUACUUGGUGCAGAUAGGUAGAAUCUAUUCAUCCAUAUUUUUGUUUUCAUAGUAAUAGAGUAUCUAUAUGUUGUACUGCAGCUGUGAUGACAUUUCCUGUGGUGGAUCAAUAUAGCCAAUUGUAUAUAUGUGGUUUAGAACAAUCCAUAUUAUCUGAACUAAAUCUUCUGCAAAGUAACAAGCAGUGAGAUAAAUGUAACACAGUAAAAAGUAUAACAUUUUAUAUCUAAUGUAGUACCAUAAAAUACCAGUAGUGGAAGUACUCAGAUCCUUUACUAAAGUAAAAGUAUAAAUAGCAGGGUUUUAAAAUACUAUUACAAGAAAAAGUCCUGGAUUCUUUUUUUUACUUAAGUAAAAGAACAGAAGAUUUAUUAGCAAGGUGUACUCACGGUAAAUAAUCAAAAGUAAAAGCACUCAUUAUGUGGAACGGCUGUGUGUUAUGAACAUGUAAUACAUUAUUCUGUUUUUUUAAAGGAGCUAAGCCAAUUAUAUAUAUUUAGUAUACAACUGUGUAGACGAGUAGUAUGAUGAAGUAACUUUAAUUGUGAGAACAUCUAUUUUUACCCUUGAAAUGUAGUGAAGUAGAAGUAAAGUAGAAGUAUAUUAUAUCAAAAUUGUACAGGAGCCGACUUGAGUAAUUGUAAUGCGUGAUAUGCCCUCAUAUCCCUGUCAGGAUGAUGAAACGCAUCGUUGCUAAAUAAACAUAGAAGCGCAGUUGAUUCUCCCCGAAUCCCGGCGAGUCGUGCUGGAGAGCCACCUGAGCGGCACACACCUGCCAGUGAGCUGAAGAGACUGCUUCCCCCUGCGCAUGCGCCACUCAUUCAAGGGCUACACUGUCAUGGCGGUGACGAGCUGAAGCUACCGGGGUAAAUCAGGAAGAGAAUGCAGCGCAGCUGGGUUAACGUUGACGUUUGAGCAAGUCGGAGGAGUUUGCCCGGGAGGACCGAGCGGACAGCUGUCGUUGUGUCGACUUCUGCCGGAGCUACUGACGGACUUGCCCCCGUUUUUUCCCCCCAGUUUGCGAGUUUUCGCUUCUGCCGAGCGUUGUUACCUGUCAAGUGUCUGGACUCUGACAAUAGCAACUUCCACUGCUGUGCGGAGGUAUUAAAGUCACCGCGGCGGCCGUUGGAACGAGCAGAGGGGACAAGAGGUUACGCGCGAGCUCCGCUUCACCUGCUUCACCUGCGUCCCCUUGCUUCCAACCCCCCUCCUCGCCUUGUUACCUGCAGCAGACUUCCUCGCUGCUUUUAACGACACUACUCCAGCCGUCUGUGAUCAAGUUAUACGGAGCAGCGGAGUAGUUCACCGGCGAGUGAAGCGGUGACACAUCCAGCCCCGCAGUGUCCACGGCCGACGCGCUAUCUUUGCGCUUUUUUUCGCCCACUUUAGCUAAACAGUAUUUGAUGGGGUGGAAAACGUUUGCUUUGUGUGCCUGCGUACUGUCAACAACCCAGCUGAAGGGGAGCUAGAGCCCUCUUUCUCCUCUCGACAUCGGCUGCACUCCCCCCUCCCCACCCAUUGGAGGUGAACAGGUGCCUUACCUGUGAACGCCACCUGUCCCGUCCUUCCUUAGCAAUGGCUAGCGAGGAGACAGCGGGCGCUGCGCAGCCAGGUGAUGGAAAGGACGAGACAUCGGGCGCCGUGGCGCUCACCACCGGAGUGCCGAUCCGGGGGAUAAAGAUGAAAUUCGGCGUGCUUGCUGGCCUGGUGGAAGUUGGGGAAGUUUCCAACCGAGACAUAGUGGAGACGGUGUUCAACCUGCUCGUCGGUGGCCAGUUUGACCUUGAGAUGAACUUCAUCAUCCAGGAGUCCGAGAGCAUUGUGUGCAUGGUGGAGCUGUUGGACAAGUGCGAGCCCACCUGUCAGGCCGAGGUCUGGAGCAUCUUCACCGCCAUCCUCAAGAAGAGCGUCCGCAACCUGCAGGCGUGCACUGAUGUGGGGCUCAUCCAGCUGGUGCUCCAGCGUAUAUCCACCACGGACAACAUGAUCGCAGACCUACUGGUGGACAUGUUGGGCGUCCUCGCCAGCUACAGCAUCACGGUGAAGGAGCUGAAGCUCUUCUUCAGCAAACUGCAAGGGGAGAACGGCCAGUGGCCGUGUCAUGCAGUGAAGCUUCUGUCUGUUCUGAAGUGCAUGGCUCACAGGCAUGGCCCCGACUCGUUCUUCAGCUUCCCUGGGACAAAUGCAGCUGCAAUAGCUCUGCCUCCUAUAGCUAAAUGGCCGUACCAGAAUGGGUUUACGUUCCACACAUGGAUCCGCAUGGAUCCUCUCAACAACAUCAACGUAGACAAAGACAAGCCUUACCUGUACUGUUUUCGCACCAAUAAAGGCAUGGGCUACUCUGCACACUUUGUGGGUGGAUGUUUGAUAGUGACCUCAUUAAAAUCGAAGGGGAAAGGAUUCCAGCACUGUGUAAAGUACGACUUCAAACCACAGAAGUGGUACAUGGUGUCUCUGGUUCACGUCUACAACCGCUGGCAACACAGUGAGAUUAGCUGCUAUGUGAACGGGGAACUGGCUUCCUUUGGAGACAUCGCCUGGUUUGUCAACACCAGUGACACGUUUGACAAGUGUUUCCUGGGAUCCUCUGAGACAGCCGAUGUCAACCGCGUGUUCUGCGGACAGAUGGGAGCCGUGUACCUGUUUGGAGAGGCUCUGAGCGCUGCUCAGGUCCUGGCUAUCUUUCAGCUGGGAUCGGGUUACCAGGGCACAUUCAAGUACAAAGCAGAGAGCGACCUACUGUUUGCGGUGCAUCACAAGCUCUUGCUGUAUGAUGGCAAGCUAUCUUCUUCUAUUUCCUUCGCUUAUAACCCCCGAGCCACAGAUGCCCAGCUCUGCCUUGAGUCCUCCCCCAGGGACAACGCCUCCAUUUUCAUCCACUCACCCCACGCACUCAUGCUCCAGGACGUGAAGGCUGUGGUCACUCACUCUGUCCAGAGUGGCAUACACUCUAUCGGCGGCAUGCAGGUCCUCUUCCCUCUGUUUGCACAGCUGGAUUAUUGCCAGCCUCACAGCCACGAGCUGGACACCUCUGUCUGCUGCACUUUGCUAUCCUUUGUGAUGGAGCUCUUGAAGAACUCGGUGGCUAUGCAAGAGCAGGUCCUGGCCUGCAAAGGUUUCCUCGUCAUUGGCUACACCCUGGAGAAGUCUUCCAAGGUGCAUGUGACGCGGCCUGUCCUGGACAUUGUGUUGGCCUUUUCCAGAUACCUUAGCAACUUGAAGAAUGGCAUCUUGCUGCUCAAGCAGCUUUGUGACCACAUUUUGUUCAACCCUGCCAUCUGGAUCCAUGCCCCUGCCAAGGUGCAACUGACUCUCUACACUUACCUAGCAACAGAGUUCAUCAGCACGGUGAACAUCUACAACACCAUUCGCAGGGUGGGCACUGUCCUUCAGGUCAUGCACACACUGAAAUACUACUACUGGGUCGUCAACCCCCAGGACCGCAGCGGAUUCGUGCCCAAAGGCCUCGAUGGUCCGAGGCCGAACCAGAAGGAGAUCCUUUCUUUGCGAGCCUUUCUGUUGUUGUUUGUCAAGCAGCUCAUCAUGAAGGAUUUUGGAGUGAAGGAAGACGAGCUCCAGAGUAUCCUCAACUACCUCCUUACCAUGCACGAGGAUGAUAAUCUCAUGGAUGUACUGCAACUGUUGGUGGCCCUGAUGUCUGAACAUCCCGAGUCCAUGGUCCAGGCCUUCGACCAGCGCAACGGGAUUCGUGUGGUUUACAAGCUUCUGGCCUCAAAGAAUGAAGGAAUAAGAGUGCAGACACUCAAAGUUUUGGGCUACUUUCUGAAAUACUUGCCACCAAAGAGGAAACUUGAGGUCAUGCUGAGUCAUGGCCUUUUCUCACUGCUCACCGAGCGCCUGAUGCUCCACUCCAGCCAGUUCACCAUGACAACCUACAACGUGCUCUUCGAGAUUCUUACAGAGCAGAUCUGCACUCAAGUGAUCCAUAAACAGCAUCCGGACCCCGAAUCCGCUGUGAAGAUUCUCAACCCACAAAUUCUGAAGAUUAUAGCCGCGCUGCUGAAGACCUCUCCCCCAACCCCCGAGAGCAUGGAGGUGCGCAAGGUCUUUCUGUCAGACCUGAUCAAACUGUUCAAUAACAGCCGAGAGAACCGCAGGAGUCUGCUGCAGUGCUCUGUGUGGCAGGAGUGGGUGCUCUCUCUGUGCUUCAUCAACCCGCGGAACAGUGAGGAGCAGAAAAUCACAGAGAUGGUGUACGCCAUCUUCCGCAUCCUGCUGUACCACGCCAUCAAAUACGAGUGGGGCGGCUGGCGCGUCUGGGUGGACACCCUGUCCAUCACCCACUCCAAGGUCACCUUUGAGGCGCACAAAGAGAAUCUGUCCCGCAUGUUUCGCCAGUACCAGCGUCAAGAGACGGCAGGCUCUCUGAGCGCACUCCGAACCAUCUCCGGCGUCAGCCAAAGCUCAGAGACCGUGGACUGUGUCAGCGAGCCACUCGCAGAGGAGACGGCCCCUUCCACUGUCAUUGAGCUCAGGGUGGACGAGCUCUCCCCGAAGUCACCGGAGUCUGCAUCGAGUUCCACCGUCACUUCCGGCCCACCGGAGGCUGCCGGUGGAAGGGGCCACGAAUCCAUCACCAUGUCCAACAUCCUGGCCAGCACGGAAGAAGAAGAAGAAGAGAAGAGCAGAAGUUGGUUCAGGAGUUCCGAGAACGGCUCGGGUGGUGAUGGAAAAGAGACCGAAGCUACUGUGACACAAAAAGACGAUGCAGAGGAGCGGAGUGAAGAGACCAACGAGCAGGAACCAGUGACGGAGGCUUCGAAUGACGACAACACUGAUGUACAAACAUCAGUUAGCGACCAGCCUGAAACGGACGAAACUAAAGCAACGGGAGAGGUUGGAGACUCUGCGACGACACCUGAUGAAACGCCCGUAACAGGUGAUGAAAAAUCUGAAGCUAUCAAAGGUGAAUCAUCAAACUCCAUGACGGAAGACUCUUUGAAUGAAGCGGGUGUGGAACUUCCCGUGGUUUCAGAACCAGAAGGUAAGGCGGACCAAACGUCCCCUGAGGCUGCGGCCAGUCUGGAGAACAGCGUGCUGGGUGGAGCCUCCGUCUGCAACGAGGACCUGGUUGACGUGUCCACCAUCAGUGACCAGAUCCUCACCAGUGAUGCUGAUGAAAGCCAAGGGGGGUCUUCUUAUGCUUCAGCCGGAGAGGAAGUGGAGGUAGGACAAAAGGAGGAUGAUAAACACCAAUAUGAUGAAAACAAGGAAGAUGAUCAGGAAGGUCGUGAGAUGAAGACUGACGUGGAAAAAGAUGAGAAGCAGGAGGUUGGAACACAGGAAGAGAAACAAGAGAGUCUGACUCCUCCAGCUGAAACAACUGAACAAAGUGGGCCAGAACCAGCCAAAGAGAAAGUUCAAGAUGAACAGUCUUCCUCUGCCGACCAGCAGCCCUCCGAUACCACAGCGCUCUCUGCAGGCCUGGAGGUUGCAGCAGCAUCAGACUCCAGCUCACCAAGCCGGCCUUCAGAGACCGCCGCCACGGCGCCCACGGACGGCACCGCCGCCUCCAACCCUGACACCCGGAAGAGUGCAGACCCUGUCCCCAAGACCAAAGAGAUGAACAUCGCCAGACUAGAUGUGUCCAAUGUGGCCGUAGACACAGAGAGACUUGAAUUCAAGGAGACCUUCACAACAAAAGCGAGCCAAAGCCUGCCGCCGCCGGCUUCGGUAGCAGCUGCCGGGUCUUCAGGUCAGCACAGAGAGGGCAGCAGCACUUCGGCCCCUCGUUCCACCAUGUUUCGUAUCCCGGAGUUUCGCUGGUCCCACAUGCACCAACGCCUCCUCGCUGACCUGCUCUUCUCUAUUGAGACGGAGGUCCAUAUGUGGAGGAGUCACUCCACAAAGACAAUUCUGGACUUUGUGAACAGCAGUGAGAACGUUGUGUUUGUCCACAACAGCAUUCACCUCAUCUCCCAGGUGGUGGACAACCUCAUCAUGGCUUGUGGAGGCAUUUUGCCUCUGCUCUCUGCUGCCACCUCUUCCUCUCAUGAUCUGGAGAACAUUGAGCCCUCCCAAGGCUUGGUGGUGGGGGCGUCGAUCACCUUCUUGCAGCGCAUCAUCAACCUGGUGGACGUUCUGGUCUUCGCCAGCUCCCUCAACUUCACCGAGAUAGAAGCUGAGAAGAACAUGUCGUCAGGAGGCAUCCUCAGACAGUGCCUUCGCCUCGUGUGUGCUAUGGCAGUGAGAAACUGCCUGGAGUGUCAGCAAGCCCAAUUCAGGCAGAGCGCAGAGGCCUCGGCACGCAGCUACACAGCCAUGCUCAGCUCUGGGGUCGGAGCUGCCACGUCUGCAGCCGCGCAGAGUCCUGUUGAUGCAGUGACCGGUGGGAUGUCUCCAGUCAGAGACCUGGACCGGCUUCUACAGGACAUGGACAUCAACCGCCUCAGGGCUGUCGUCUUCAGAGAUAUCGAGGACAGUAAGCAGGCUCAAUUUCUGGCGCUUGCUGUUGUCUACUUCAUCUCAGUCCUCAUGGUGUCGAAGUACCGCGACAUCCUGGAGCCCCACAAUGACAAGAAACGCCCUCUGCGAUCCCAGUCCACCAGGAGCACAGAUAGCGGUGCCAUUUCUGGUGGACUAGAAGUGGAGAACGGUGUCUCUCUCCGGCGGUACGACUCCGGCAUCGGCGACGACCACACCUCGACCGCCGCAAGCGAUGCCGACCUGUCGUCCUCUGCCGUGACUCACGGUCCAGACGCCAUCUCCGAGGCCCUGUCCACCCUGUCCUCCGAGGUCAGACCUCCGCUGCCCGCCGACUCAAAGGGCAAGAGUGUGAAGGACAUUCUGCGCAGCCUCGUGAGCGCUCCAGCCGAUGUCAUGGUGGAUCCAAGUCUGCUGCCUCCGGCGUUUCUAGGAAACCUCGGCGACGCGACGAGAGAAUCAUCGCUACUGUUCCGCUCCUUUGAUAGGAGUGUCGUCGUCGCGCCCAAGAAACCGGGCAAGGCACCAUCAGCCACCGCUGCAUCCGAGUCUGGUGUGACACCCAUCGCCUUAGUAUCGUCUGGUGACUCGUCACAGAGCACCUCUGCUGACUCUGCAGCUGCAGGCGGCCCGGUUCCAGCCAGCGCUAGCCUGCCAUCUGUCCCCCCACUCUCCCCUGUGACCCAGAACACAGCCCCCAAUAUGAGCAUCUCCGAACGUCUGGAGAACGCUCUGGAGAAGGCGGCUCCGCUGCUGAGAGAGAUCUUCGUGGACUUUGCUCCCUUUCUCUCUCGGACGUUGCUGGGCAGCCACGGACAAGAGCUCCUCAUCGAGGGCACGAGCCUGGUGUGCAUGAAGUCCAGCAGCUCGGUGGUGGAGCUCGUCAUGCUCCUGUGUUCACAGGAAUGGCAGAACUCCAUCCAGAAGAACGCCGGUCUCGCCUUCAUCGAGUUGGUCAACGAAGGCAGGCUGCUGAGCCACACCAUGAAGGACCACCUGGUUCGUGUGGCUAAUGAAGCUGAAUUUAUCCUGAGCCGGCAGCGAGCCGAAGACAUCCAUAAACAUGCAGAGUUUGAGUCCAACUGCGCUCAGUACGCAGCGGAGAAGCGCGACGAGGAGAAGAUGUGCGACCACCUGAUCCGAGCGGCCAAGUACCGCGACCACAUGACCGCCACGCAGCUGAUCCAGAAGAUAGUGAACAUCCUGACCGACAAACAUGGAUCCUGGGGAAGCUCGUCCAAAAGCCGGCUGAGGGAGUUCUGGCGCCUGGACUACUGGGAGGACGAUUUAAGGCGGCGACGUCGCUUCAUCAAGAACCCCUCCGGAUCCACUCACUCAGAGGCUACGCUCAAAGCCGCGGCCGAACACGUGGCUUAUAUCAGUGCCUCCGAGGAGGAUGUUCUCAAAGGCAAGCAGUCCAUCAGGAGCCAGGCUCUGGGAAAUCAAAACUCCGAGAGCGAGACGUUGCUUGACGGAGACGAUGACACUCUGUCAUCCUUAGAGGAGAAGGACUUGGAGAACUUAACAGGCCCAGUAAACUUGAGCACCAGCGUCCAGCUGGUGGCUCCGGCCAUGGUGGUGAAAGGCACCCUGUCCAUCACCGCCUCCGAGCUCUACUUCGAGGUGGACGAGGACGAGCCGGGCUUCAGGGCCAUCGAUCCGAAGAUUUUAGCGUACACAGAAGGUCUUCACGGGAAGUGGCUGUUCACAGAGAUCCGUGCCAUCUUUUCCAGACGCUACCUUCUGCAGAAUACUGCUCUGGAGAUCUUCAUGGCCAACAGAACGGCAGUCAUAUUCAACUUCCCAGAUGCAGCCACAGUGAAGAAGGUGGUCCACAGUCUUCCUCGUGUUGGAGUGGGGACGAACUUUGGCCUUCCACAGACCAGACGCAUAUCCCUGGCUACGCCAAAGCAGCUAUUCAAGGCGUCCAACAUGACCCAGCGCUGGCAGCGCCGCGAGAUAUCCAACUUCGAUUACCUCAUCUUUCUCAACACCAUCUCUGGUCGGACCUAUAAUGACCUGAACCAGUACCCGGUCUUCCCCUGGGUUAUCACCAACUACGACUCUGAGGAAUUUGACCUCACUCUGCCCAGCAACUUCAGAGAUCUGUCCAAGCCCAUUGGAGCUCUGAACCCCAAGAGGGCAGCAUUCUUUUCAGACCGUUAUGGGUCCUGGGAGGACGAUCAGGUGCCGAAGUUCCACUAUGGAACCCACUACUCCACCUCCAGCUUCACCAUGAUGUGGCUGCUGCGUAUCGAACCCUUCACCACAUUUUUUCUGAACUUCCAAGGAGGGAAGUUUGACCACGCUGACCGCACCUUCUCCUCGGUAGCCCGCGCCUGGAGGAACUGCCAGAGAGACACAUCUGAUGUUAAGGAGCUGAUCCCAGAGUUCUACUACCUCCCCGAGAUGUUCGUCAACGCCAACAGUUACAACCUGGGAGUGACGGAGGACAGCAUCACGGUCUCUGAUGUGGAGCUGCCUCCGUGGGCCAAGAGUCCGGAGGAGUUCGUACGCAUCAACCGCCUGGCACUGGAGAGCGAAUUUGUGUCCUGCCAGCUCCACCAGUGGAUCGAUCUGAUCUUUGGCUACAAGCAGCAGGGACCUGAAGCCACCAGAGCCCUCAAUGUUUUCUAUUAUCUGACCUAUGAAGGUGCAGUCAACCUCAGCUCAAUCAACGACCCCGUGCUCAGAGAGGCUGUGGAGUCUCAAAUUAGGAGUUUUGGACAGACCCCCUGCCAGUUGCUCAUCGAACCACACCCACCCAGAAGCUCAGCCAUGCAAGUGUAUCUUCUCCUGCAGACCCCGAUGAUGUUUACGGAGCAGAUGCAGCAGGAUGUUAUCAUGGUGCUGAAGUUCCCGUCAAACUCUCCCGUGACCCACAUCGCGGCCAACACUCAGCCGGGCCUAGCGUCACCUGCGAUCAUCACCGUCACCGCCAACCGCAUCUUCGCCGUCAACAAGUGGCACGGCCUGACUGGUCAUCAGAGCUCAGCGGUGCAGGACCAGCAGUACCAACUUCCUGUGGAAAUUGACCCUCUGAUAGCCAAUAACGUGGGCGGUCAUCGUCGUCAGAUCUCAGACCUGCUCGAUCAAAGCAUUCAGAUCAGCUCGCAGUACUUCGCCAUCACAGCCGACAACCGCUUCAUCCUUCUGUGCGGCUUUUGGGACAAGAGCUUCCGGAUUUACUCGACUGACUCAGGCAAACUGACUCAGAUAGUGUUCGGGCAUCGUGACGUGGUGACGUGUCUGGCUCGCUCCGAGUCCUACAUCGGAGGAGACUGCUACGUGCUGUCGGGCUCCAGAGAUGCCACCCUGCUGCUGUGGUACUGGAAUGGAAAGCACAACAGCAUUGGAGAGACUCCAGGCAAGUUCACGACACCGCGGGCCAUCCUGACGGGCCACGACUGUGAAGUGACCAGCGCCAGUGUGUGUGCAGAGCUGGGCGUCGUCAUCAGCGGCUGCAAAGAGGGUCCGUGUCUGAUCCAUUCCAUGAAUGGGGACCUGCUGCGGACCCUGGAGGGCCCGGACCGCUGCGUACGGCCUCGCCUCAUCCAGGCCUCCACCGAGGGCCACUGCGUGAUCUACUACGACAAGGGCCACUUCUGUCACUUCAGUGUCAACGGCAAGCUGCUGGGCCACAUGGAGGUGGAGGACAGCAUCAAGGCCAUGUACCUGAGUAGAGACGGCCAGUACCUGCUGACAGGCGGCGAUGGAGGAGUCGUGUCCGUCUGGCGGGUCCACGACCUCAAGCAGCUGUUCACCUACCCGGGCUGCGACGCAGGCAUCCGCUCUAUGACCAUGUCACAUGACCAAAGGUGCAUCAUCACCGGCAUGGCGUCUGGAAGCAUCGUGCUCUUCUACAACGACUUCAACAGAUGGCACCACGAGUACCAGACCCGGUACUGAGCCGGCGCUGCUCUCUCUCUCUCUUUCCUGAUAUCCUGAAUGUAUCUCAAUUGAAGAAAGACACAAAACUGUCCUGUUAUAGUAAAAGAAUCUGAACUAUUUUUUUGAAAAAGGGCAUUGCUAUAUUUUGUAGAUCAGAUAGAAAUCUUUCAUAUAAAUCACAGGGUGGGGGGGGGGUGGGGGUUGUGUUAUUGUACGGUUAAAAGCAGAUCUAUUUUUAGCUGUGAGUCUAUUUUCGUCUCCUCCGGAAAACAACCACGGGAUUUGUGGGGAGCUAGUAAGAACCUUUUCUCUUGACUUAAAAAUCCAAAUAUUUGUGUAUUUUAGGGCGAGUGAUUUAUUAUUUUUUGUGUUCCUGUAGGUGUGUGUGUGUGGGGGUAAUUCUGAAGCUAUCGUUCACUUUUAACAUGCUUUUUGACAACACAGUUGGUAGAUAGGAAUUGUUUGAAUAAAUAAUGUGUAUUGGACCGAAGGCUUAAAAAAAGGAAGGGAAUAUAAAAAUAUAAAUAUCUAUAUAUUCUGUUAACUGUACGUCUAUAUAUUUAAAAUGUCCAUUCCCUCUGUACUUCUCAGCUUGCUAGGAGAUUGCAUUUCUGUGCUUGGCUACUCAAACAUAUCCGUCAAGAAGUAUCUCAUCAUCAUGAAAUACUUCAGUCAUCAAUAAACAUAAAAACGUCCCUCACUGAUGGUGAAGAUGAGCUUUAUGUACGGAGGAUGGCAGGCACUUUUUCUGGGAAUUUGUAUCGGUUUCUAAUGGAAAGACUGAGUGUGUGUGUGAGAUCACUAAUGUAAUCGCAUCGUCUCGUUGUACCCGAGGUGGGUCUGUCUCCAACGUGUGUGUGACAGGAAGGACUUCCCUCUCUUCCAGUCUGAGGUUCUUCCUCUUCCUCUCAUCACAGGGCCACUGAGGUGUGAUUCAGUGAUGAAUUACGAUGACACUUAUUCUUUUGAUCUUCACUCAAAUAAACGUCCAUCUGCGUCUCUUGAUUUUGGGGGACGCAUUCCUUUAAAGUGUGUGUGCUUUGAUGUGGUUUGAAUCUCCGGUGAUAUGAGAACUACCGGUGUCAACCAAUGUUUUUCUUUUUCAAUCAUUUGAGUGUUCUGUGUUCCGAGUUCUGACAAUAAAAUGGAAUUUUAUAACUUGAA